AUGGAUUACGAGACAUUUGUUACGGAAGUAGUGAGGGAUUUACCUAAACCUCCUCAAUAUUUCUUUUAUAACGCUGGGUUGAAUAAGAAUACUAUUACUUCAGAUUUAAAUGAGAUUCUAAAGAAGUCAAAUAAAAAAUUAUCACCACAAGAUGCAAAAUUAACAAAGACAGCUUAAAUUAUUGAUUCUAGAAAUUCAAUUGCUGAAGGAUUUAUUCCUGGAUCUAUCAAUGUUCCAUUGCAAAUUCCUUUUGCUCAUUGGGUUGGAACCCUAUUGCCUCAUAAUAAAGAAGUUAUUAUAGUGUGUGAAAAAGGAACAGAGGAACAAACUAUUAUGAGAUUAUCAAGAAUAGGUUAUGAUAAUAUACUAGGAUACAUGUAUUUUGAAGAAUGGUAAUAGGCUGGAGAAUUCAUAACCAAACCAACUGAAUUAGAAAAACAGGCUUUAAUGAAUAUCUCCAAAUAGGGUUCAGAAUAAAUUAUUGAUGUUAGAUCUUUUGAAGAGUGGAGAAAGGGUAAAUUAGACAAUGCUAAACUUUUUCCUCUUAACGAACUGUUGAGUAAUAUGGAAAGACUAAAUAGAAAUUAAUAAAUUAAUAUUUAUUGUGGAACAGGAUAAAGAGCAAAAAUUGCAUGUACUUUGUUGAUAGCUAAUGGAUUUAAAAACGUUUAAUAUUGUAAAGUGGGGUAUGAUGAGAUUAUUAAACCAUGA